UCGUCUACUGCACCCAGGUGGCGCUGUACAAACAACCAAACUUUGAGGCCGGCGGCAACUUGCUGCAGGGAAUGUAUGUGCCUCGAGGUUCAGUGUGGGAACAGGAGUAUGAUCCCGUGCACGUCCAGCUGCGUGCUGUGCAUCGCAAGGAUUAUCAGGCAUCCAUGGACCGAUACACGCACUUCAUGCGUCAGUCUGGUCGGCUCAAGGGAAGUGCCACGCCCUGGCCCCCAUACCGAGUGCCGCGCACAGUGCACCCAGAGCUGGUGGACCCUCGCAAGCUGCUGCAGUGCAAGACUAUGCAGGCUGCUCUGUUCGUCAUCUUGUUCAAGGCCCUGAAAGACCCUGAGGUUCCGGAGCAGGUACUGGCUCUCACUGUCUACCUGCUGGAGAUGGCCCUGCAGUUCCACCCUCAUUCCGUCUCUCAGAAGGACGAGCUAACGUCGGUGGACGAGGUGACGGACCUGUCGCUGUCGGAGUGGUUUCCGGAGACAUGCGUGGUGCAGAAUGCGCUGUGUACCAUUAAGACGGUGAUGCUGCCGGAUGGCAUGGCUCUUGCUCCGUCGGGUGUUGAUGACAUGGAGGUCGACCCGGAUCCUGACGAAUUUCUCGAGGAGGCCGAGGAUGCCCUUGCCUACCUUUUCCCAUCGGCCAGUGGCAGCUUUCCAGAGCUGACAGCCGGCACAGAGGCAAAUGAAGCAGGCAGCACCACUGCACCUCGGCUACCCCCGUCUGGCCAGCCACUGGCUCUUCCCCCUUCCUCGCCGACCCCAGAAACUGGUGCGCUGGUUCCGGUUAACCCUGAAGCUGGCACCAUGGUGCCAGCCUUCUACAGUUCUCCACCGCCGUCCUUUUACGCCCAACCUCUGGCUGGUCCAUCGCACCCUUCCACGCCAGCCCUGCCUGCACCGAAUGGUACUGCAGAGUCGACCACAAACACCGCCCUGGUACCUGCUGCCAGUGCAGCUGCAAGGGCAUCUGCUGACCAGGCUGCUGCUACUCAUUCCGGGGCUCUCGUGCCUUCCACAACCACCCUGGUUCCCACUACGUCUGGAGCAGCGGGCGUUGUGCCAAGCGAUGCACUCGUGCGGCAUGGUGCUGCUGGUAUGUCCCAGCGUAGUUUAGCUGGCCCCGGUGGGGCCCUAAUUCCGUCGAGGUUGCCAACAGCACUGUGGGGGCGUGCACGCCCUCUACCCUCCUCCGAAGGGGGCGCCACUGGUGCGGCUACGAGCAGUUCCGUAGGUGCGCUCGUGCCACUGGGGCGAGGCCUAGCUCAGCUAAGCCGGCGCCUGCGGUCUCACGGCCUCCGGUCGAGGGCGGGCGGCGGCGGUGUAAACAGCGGCAGCAGCGCUAACCACCCUCAACUGCCCACCUGCAAGCCUCGACAUGAGCUGGAGAGCAGCACCGCAUUUAAGGCCCUUCCUCCAACAGAUGCACCACGGCCAGUGGCUGAGAUAGACGAAAGCCUGAUAUCCCUGCUUCUCAAACUGCACUCGAAGUUGUCGGGCCGGCCGGACUCAUACCGGCUGCCGGACAAGGACCAAGGUGGCCCCACACCCGAGGAGCAGGAGAGGGACCGGGUUGGGGCGGGACCCCACUUCCUGAGCCUUUUGCUCGACAAACUGGUGCGGCUGACGCGCACCGCUGGCCAGGAGUCGCCCAUUGAAGAGGUGCGGCAGCGCAUCUGGCCGCCCCAGUCAAGUGAUGGUGAGGGAAGCUCGGCCACUCCAAGCACAUCGGCUGCAGCGCGGGAGGCCAGUGAUCGCGAGGAGCGGAGGCGUCGAGCCAAGGAGCGCCAAAUGAAGCUCAUGGCGGAGUUCGCCAACCGACAAAAGUCUUUCCUCAAGAAGGCCAUGGAGAUUGAAACUGAGGAGUUGGACAUGACGGAGCAGCUGUCCGAGCCAGAACCAAUGGUGUCAGUGGCCAAGGAGUACGAGUGUGUCAUCUGCAGCCAGACGUCGCCUUCCACGGUGGCCCGGCCUGUUGGCAUGGUGGUGCUUCUGCAGGCUACCAGCGUGAUGGGUCAUGCGAGGGAAGAGGAGGAGGCUGACCGCAAGCUGCCCUGCUCGGACGAGGAACGCCUGCCGCUGCUUCGAGACGCCAGUCGAUCGGCCUACAUGAAGCAGCGCUUUGAGACCCUCACCAUGCACUUUGAUGACUUCCCGCUGGCACAAUCGGUCAACAUAGGCUGGGAGGGUGGGGUACAUGUGCAGACGUGCGGUCAUUACCUGCAUCUGGACUGCCACAAGUCCUACAUGCUGUCCCAAAGGAGCCAACAAAGCCAGCGGUUGCAGACUGUGGCGGUUGAGCGGGGAGAGUACUGGUGCCCACUGUGCAGACAGCUGGCGAACUCUGUCCUGCCCCUGCACCCCGAGGAACCCAGGGGCACACUGGUGCGCAGGGGCUUGACACCAAACGCUCAACUGGUGCAAGACCUGUCCGCGAUGCUUGCACACAAGCCUCCAGUUGAGGAGCCGUCGAUAAAGGAGAUGCGGCCCUUCAUGGAAGACCUCACCAAUGCCACAUUCAGCCAGUACCGGACCAUCUCUUACUUGCCCAAUUCGCAUAGUCUGGUGUUGUUUCUCUGCUCCAUCGCCAGGACCAACCUGGAGGCGGAGAUAGUGCUAAGGAAGCGAAACCUCUGCCUUCCACAACCACAGCAAGUCAAAAAGCAGUCCUGUUUCUUGCCCUUGUUCCGGGUGCUGGCAUUGCAUGCAGACCGGUGGAUGGAGCGACGCCAAGCCCCCUUUUGGUCACAACUCACCGGCAUGGUGCUCAGUGAGAAUCUUACCAGCCUGACACCCAUGGAAAGGAAGGUACCGGUGUUCGUAUGCGACCCUGCAGCUGUGCUGCUGGAACUGAUGCUGGCCUUGCCUCUGGACCUAGAAAAAGCGUACUACACGUGUCUGGUUCGGUCACUGUAUGCACUCAACUACGUCCAGUCCUUGGUGCAGAUCAGCUGUAAUCUUGGUCACAUGGAACGGACCCAGUUCAAGCAGAAAAGCCUCGGCUCACCAAAUUCCCUGGAAUCUGCAGAUUCUGUGCUCGGCCUGCUGGUCGAGCAACUAGAGCAAGGCAACCUGUACAUUGAUGACGAGGACAUGGACACCCAUGCGCGGCAGAGAGGCCAGGAGCUGACAGGUCACCAGCUGGAGAAGCAAGUGAUGGCCAUGUGCGGACCCUUCCUGCGCAUAGCUGCCCUGCUGCAGUCGCACCUUUUCGAGGAGAAGCUGCCCACAGCCAUGGACCCCGCGGACGAGCUGGGCAUGCUGUGCCAGUUUCUGGGACUCGGCCGUGAGGGCCAGCCUCCCCAGUUGGCUGCAGCAGGUGUCUCGUGGGUCACCGAGAGUCCCCAGGUUCUCCUGCGCUCCUGGUGCCGCGAGUUCAACCAAUUUGCUGGCGGGGUCCCAGUUGCUGCUAGGGGCCUGAUGUCAGUGAGGUGGAACUGGGCCCAGCCGCGGCUCCUGUCUCUGCCGGGCCGCUAUGACGAGCUCUUCCAGUACUACCACAGCCGGGCGUGCAGCAACUGCCACAGCGUGCCUAAGGACCCGUCUGUGUGCCUCGUGUGCGGCACGCUGGUUUGUCUGCGUGAGAGCUGCUGUCGCCAGCAAGCGCACUUUGAGGCUGUGCACCACUCCAUUAACUGUGGCGCGGGCACAGCCAUCUACUUGGCGGUGAAUUCGUCGACAGUGAUUGUGAUACGAGGCAAGCGGGCCUGCCUCUGGGGCUCAGUCUACCUCGACAGCUUUGGUGAAGAGGACAGAGACCUCAAGCGAGGGAAGCCACUCUACUUGAGCGUGGAGCGGUUCCAGCUGCUGCAGCAACAGUGGACAACACACGCCUUCGACCACACCUCAAGACGCUGGGUGUGGCACAAGGACAACCUGUGAUGCACCCCUGGCCCUCCUUCCCUUGGCCUCACCUACUGCACCUGCGUCUGGCCGCGUCCCAGGACGCUGUUGGCCACAACCCUGUGGUGCCGUUGUUCCCCUAGGCUUGUUUCACAGAUGCCUGGACACUGCGAGGACUGCAGCCGUCACUUCUAUCUGCCUUUUUCCUCACCGCACUAUACAUAUGUACAGGCGAAGUUCUGCCGCUGCUGCGGGGAAUGGCGCGUAGGAUUUUCUUCCUUUUUUUUUCUUCUGUGAGAUGCAGCUGUCAAGUAGCACAGCAGCCAGGCUGAAAGAAUACAGUAUAAUACUAGUUUAGGAAGUUGCAAAGAAAAAAAAUUGCUGCUUGUUUGCAUUAAAAGAAGAGAGUUGAGA